AUGUCCUUUUUUCAGAAGAAAUCAACAGAUGACGAAACUCAAUCGAAAACUAAGAUCAUCAAGUGUCCUAUAUGUUCUGAAUCAAUAUUAUAUAUGAACAUAAAUUCUCAUAUAGAUAAAUGUUCUCUAAAACAUUCCAAAGUAAAAGCUGAUACUAGUAAUGGUGGUGGAGCUAACAGUGACUUAAUCAAGCCUGAGAGAUCGUUAUCUAGUAUAUUGAAUGGUAAACGUAAAUUACCGUCCACUCAAUCUACUUCUGGAACAUCGAUAUCAACUGCAAUCGAUAUUAAUGAUACAAAGGAUACCAUGAUUGAUGAUGAUGAUGAUAAUAACCGUCCGAACAAGUCUAUUAAAAUGGAACCUAAGAGUAUAAAAUCCAUGACUAUCCCAGAGAAAUCAUUGGAACAAGAGAUUAAGUAUUUACAAAAAAAUAUUCAUUUACCUUUAUCUGAAAGAUUACGUCCUAAAGAAUUAAGAGAAUAUGUGGGGCAACAACAUAUCUUAUCUCAUACUACAGGAACCCUCUAUAAAUAUAUCCAGGAAAAUACAAUCCCAUCGAUGAUAUUAUGGGGUCCACCUGGUGUUGGGAAGACAUCUUUGGCACGUCUACUUUCAAAAUCGGCUCAUAAUUAUUAUAUGAUAGAAACAAGUGCCACUAAGGCUAACACUCAGGAACUAAGGUCUAUUUUUGAUAAAGCCAAAAAAGAAUAUCAACUGACAAAGAGACGGACAGUAUUAUUUAUUGAUGAAAUCCACAGAUUUAAUAAAUCUCAACAAGAUCUACUGUUACCUCAUGUUGAAAAUGGAGAUGUUGUAUUAAUUGGUGCCACUACUGAGAACCCAAGUUUUCAACUUAAUAAUGCUUUAAUAAGUAGAUGUCAUGUGUUUGUCUUACAGAAAUUGACUCUUAAUGAAUCAUGUAUAGUUUUAUCAAGAGGUAUUGCAUUAUUAAAUAAAUGUCGGAAAUUGGUUUUAAACAUAGACAAACCUUUAAAAUUAUCAAGAGCAUGUCUUGAAUAUUUGGUAGAUGUAUCAAUGGGUGACACACGUAGAACAUUAAAUUUAUUAGAGAUGAUUGAGAUUUGGACAAGAACCGGUGAAGUCAAUUCUGAUAGUUUGACCGUAGAUGAAAUUAGAGAUAUUAUUAAGACUAAUAGUUCUAAUGGGUUAAGCACAUACUAUGAUCCAAAGGGUGAUAAUCAUUAUGAUACGAUAUCUGCGUUCCAUAAAGCUAUCAGAGGUGGUGAUGAAAAUGCAUCAUUAUAUUAUUUAGCACGAAUGAUCAAGGGUGGAGAGGAUCCUUUGUAUAUUGCUAGACGUAUGAUUCGCGUAGCCACUGAAGAUGUAGGACUUCGAGAUCCUUCACAGUUACUAUUGGCUGUGGCCGCGCAUGAUGCAGUGAUGAAGAUAGGAUUACCUGAAGCCGAUUUAGCCUUGGCAGAAUGUUGUGUGAGUUUAGCAAGAGCUCCAAAGUCUAUUGAAUUGUAUAGAGCUUGGAGUAAAGUGAAGGGGAUGAUGAGUGAAAAUUUGUAUGGUUUAGCAAGUAGUGAAAUCCCUAUGCAUAUUAGAAACGCACCAACAAAAUUAAUGGAGGACUUAGGUUAUUCUGAAGGUUAUAAAUAUAACCCUGAAUAUAAGGAUGGGUUAUGUAAACAACAAUACUGGCCUCAAGAAGUAUUGGAAAAAUGUCCAAAUAGAAAUGAAUUAAAGUUUUUGACAGGGAAGAAUUUUGGAAAUAAGAGAGAUCCAGAUCUAGAAAGAAGAUAG